AUGGCAGAGUACUUGGUAACUGGAGGGACAAGCUUUAUAGCAUCCCACGUUGUAAAGGCACUUCUCGACUUGGUCCACUUCGUAAGAACAACUGUUAGAGACUCCUCAGAUGAAGAGAAGGUUAAGUUUCUGUGGGAGUUGAAAGGGGCAAAAGAAAGGUUGAAGAUAUUCGAAGCUGAUCUAACAGUGGAGGGAAGCUUUGACGAGGCUGUCAAAGGUGUUGAUGGAGUCUUCCACAUUGCCUCUCGUGUAUCUGUUUGUCUGGAUGACAAUGAUCUGGAAAAGUUGGUGGAUCGUGACACAAGUGGAACAAGGAAUUUGAUGAACUCUUGUGAAAAAUCAAGAAACACUGUGAAAAGAAUUGUUCUCACAUCUUCUUCUACUGCAGUCAGGUACCGCUAUGAUGCCACAGAAGCCUCUCCACUUAACGAAUCACAUUAUAGCGAUCCUGACUACUGCAGAAACUUCAAACUGUGGUAUGGUUAUGCAAAGACUUUAGGGGAGAAAGAAGCUUGGAGGAUUGCAGCUGAAAAGAAUCUAAACCUAGUGGUUGUAGUCCCUUCCUUUUGUAUUGGUCCAAUACUUAGUCCAAAACCUACAAGCACCCCUUCAAUUCUUCUCUCCAUAAUCAAAGGUGUUCAUGGAGAAUACACAAAUUUGAGAGGAGGGUUUGUUCACAUAGAAGAUGUAGUUACUGCACAAAUCUUAGCAAUGGAAGAGCCUAAAGCCUCAGGAAGAAUCAUAUGUUCAAGUUCAGUGGCUCACUGGUCAGAGAUUAUUGACAUGCUAAGACCCAAAUACCCGCAAUACCCAUUUGAGACCAAGUGCGGUAGUGACAAAGGGAAAGAUAUGCCUCAUAGCUUGGAGACAACAAAGAUACGUGAACUUGGCUUUGGGUCCUUCAAGUCAUUUUCUGAGAUGUUUGAUGACUGCAUCAAGUGUUUCCAAGACAAGGGUCUACUCUGA